UCGACAGUCACGUGACCGAACGUUAACGUAACGUUAUCUGCGGUAACAACAGUGUACGUGGAUCUCUCUGAUAAAAAGAGUGGAGGUUAGCAUUUUACGGCAGUAUUAGGCUAAAUUUUCACUCAAAUCCACAUUAUUUAUAUUGUAAAUAAAAAAAAAUGAAAGGAAUAAUUGUAACACUUUCCUUGCUAUGUUUUGGUUUAACAUAUGGAUUCAGUCGUUACAGACGUCAAAUUCCUAACGGAUACGGAGUUAAUCACCCCUGUCGGGGCAAAGGGCACUGGAGCGCUGUCGGACACAUGAGCGGAGGUUACACACGGCAGAAAAAUGUUUUCGGUCAGGACUUCUCAAGGGCCGGAGCCCGCUGGACUAGGGAGCUGUGUAUGAAGGACUCGGAUGGGGACGGUCUUACGAAUGGAGAGGAGCUAGGUGACCCACAGUGCACGUGGAGACCUGGAGAUCAGGCUUCUGAAACUCCCAAGGGCCAUCCUGGAUUUUGCGAAGAGGACAGACAAAAAUGUGACAGUGGUAUGACACAUGAUGAGUGCCCAAAUCCUCGUGCAAGAGGUCGAGGCCGAGGCCGGGGUCAAGGACGAGGUAGAACUCCAGCAAGAAGACCUCCGCUAGGUGCCAACGAUCAUCCACAGACAACUUUGUCCAAAAACAUCGAUCAACGCGGAGGCGUGGGUCAGAGUCCGCCAGGAUUCGGCUCGGUAGGCAUAGAACGCGGAUUAUCAUUAGGCCAGACACCCGGCUUCCCGAGUUCACCCGGUUCGUUUAGCAUGGGAUCAGGUGGAUUUGACAGAAGUUUGGGUGAUCAGACGCGCAGACGGCCAGUAGAAUUUGGCAGUUUCAGUUCGCCAUCGUCCGGACCUCAAACACGACCUGGUUUUUCUUCCUCUGGAACUGGAAGCUUCGGAGCCCCAAGCCUAUCGCAAGAUUUUGGCGUUUCUGACGAAAGAUAUAUGGGACGGCUGGCUUCUGGUAGACCUUCCGAAACAAGCUCGAUAGCUGGAAGGGGUGAUUUCUUCAUGCCAGGAAGGGAUCGCUUUAGUUCAAGCUUAGAUCAAAGAAGCAUCCAGGGUAUGGGAUCUCCGGGCUUAGGACCUUCAUUUCAAAGUUCAUUGUCUCAAAGAGAUAUCGAAAGAAGUGUUCAGGCUAGAAUGGACAGAGAGAGAUCUCGUGCCGGCGGUAGUGGAGGAAUGCGACCAAGCAUGGAGUCUGGUUCCAUGGGUUUUGGUCGCAUGAGUUCUAGUAGUAUGAGAUCUGGUGGCACGGACACGGGUCCAUUUGAAGGUGCUGGUAUGGGUUCAGUGGCAGUUGGUGGCAUGGGUUCAAUGAGAGGAGGUGCUGGUAGUAUGGGAGGUGGUAUGGAUCCAGUGGGACCAAGUGGUAUGGGUUCAAGAGGUAUAAGUAUGGAACCGGGAAUAAUGGGUUCGAUGCGGUCCGGUGGUGUAAGUCCAAUGGGACCAAGUGGCAUGGGCCCGAUGGGCUCUGGUGGCAUGAGUUCUGGAUUUUCAAGUGGAAUGGAGGGAUAUCCACCUUUCAUGACAAUGGAUUCCCCCGGAUUCGGUAGAUCGCCAUUUUCAAGUGGGGCAAGGCCCGGGUCCUCGUUUGCAGCUGGUAGAAUGUUCGUUCCCGGGAUACCUGGACCACGAUUUUAGAAUGAGAAUAUUAGGUGAUGGAUUUCCAACUUUUGAAACUUUGAAUUUGUUUCGAAUUGAUACAAUUUUGUAAGACAUUUUGGGUGAUUAGAUUAAACAAGAAUUCCAUUUACCAAACAUAUACAAGUAACGAAGUCGAGCAUAAAAGUAAACUAAACGAUUAUUAGUGUUUUGAAUUCUGUGAUACAACAUUUAUUAAACGUUAUAUUUUUGCUA